AUGGUAGUAGAAUAUGUUGCUGUGGUAGAUAUGAGUGAUAUUUCCAGACAGCCAUCCCUCUUCUAUCACCUUGGUGUACGGGAAAGUUUCGACAUGGCCAAUAAUGUUAUACUUUACCAUGAUAUUGAUGCAGAUACUGCUCUCUCACUUAAGGAUAUGGUUACUCAAAAAAACACAUUUUCCAGCAUAUCAAAAUUUGAUGAACGGUGCUGUUUUCUUUAUGUCCAUGAUAACUCUGAUGACUUUCAAAUCUACUUUUCUACUGAAGAUCAAUGCAGUAGGUUUUGCUCUUUAGUCAAAGAGAUUAUAGCGGAUGUGGCAGGCUGUACAGUGGAAUUAGAAGGGGAGAUCGAUGGGGAUACAUUAGAGUAUGAAUAUGAUUAUGAUGAGAGUGGUGAGAAAGUGGUCCUAGGGAAAGGCACAUAUGGAAUUGUAUAUGCUGGGAGAGAUCUCAGCAACCAAGUUCGAAUAGCCAUCAAAGAGAUACCUGAGAGAGACAGCAGGUACUCUCAGCCUUUACAUGAAGAGAUUGCCCUGCACAAGUACCUGAAGCAUCGCAACAUUGUUCAGUACUUGGGCUCUCUCUCCGAAGAUGGCUACAUUAAAAUUUUUAUGGAGCAAGUGCCUGGAGGAAGCCUUUCUGCCCUUCUGAGAUCAAAAUGGGGCCCAAUGAAAGAACCUACAAUAAAAUUUUAUACUAAGCAGAUACUGGAAGGUCUUAAGUAUCUCCAUGAAAAUCAGAUAGUACAUAUAAAGGGUGAUAAUGUUUUAGUAAAUACUUAUAGUGGAGUGGUGAAGAUUUCUGACUUUGGGACCUCCAAACGAUUGGCAGGAGUGAAUCCAUGCACUGAAACUUUCACAGGCACUUUACAAUAUAUGGCUCCUGAGAUCAUCGAUAAGGGCCCUAGAGGAUACGGCGCCCCGGCUGACAUCUGGUCCCUGGGCUGCACCAUCAUUGAAAUGGCAACAGGCAAGCCUCCGUUUCAUGAGCUCAGGGAACCUCAAGCAGCUAUGUUUAAAGUAGGCAUGUUUAAGAUUCACCCAGAGAUUCCAGAACCACUAUCAGCAGAGGCCAGAGCUUUCAUUUCAUUCUGUUUUGAACCUGACCCAAAUAGACGAGUCACAGCCUCUGACCUGCUCAAGGACACGUUCUUGAAGCAAGUGAACAAGGGCAAGAAAAACCGAAUUGCUUUCAAACCUUCAGAUUACACUAGGAGUGUCUCCCUUCCUCUUCCUAUCCAAAGGGAACAAGCAGGUGGCAGCAGCAGCAGUAAGCCCGGCUCCACCUCCCCAGACUCAGAUGUGCAGCAUGCCUUCUUUGACAAGACAAAGCGAUCAGUGUCAGAGGUGCAAGCUAAGAAUCACAUCUCCCAUUUACUAAGUGUUCCUGAUGAGAACUCUGUCUCUGAAGAACGUAGCACAUCCCCAUCCCUGGAGGACAGAGACUCUGGACUCUUCCUGCUGAGGAAGGACAGUGAGCGCCGGGCCAUUCUGUACAAAAUCCUCAGGGAGGAACAAGAUAAAGUGGUUUCCAACCUUCAGGAAUGUGUGGCCCAGAGUUCUAAAGAGUUGCACCUCUCUGUUGCCCACAUCAAGCAGAUAAUUGGGAUUUUGAGAGACUUCAUCCACUCCCCUGAGCACAGAGUUAUGGCAUCAACUAUAUCUAAGCUAAAAGUUGAUCUAGAUUUCGACAGCACUUCUAUAAAUCAGAUUCAUUUGGUGCUGUUUGGAUUUCAGGAUGCUGUGAGUAAAAUCUUGCGGCAUCAUUUAAUCAGGCCCCACUGGAUGUUUGCAAUGGAUAACAUCAUACGUCGAGCAGUGCAGGCUGCUGUUACUAUUCUUAUUCCAGAGCUUCGAGCACACUUUGAGCCAACCUCUGAAAUGGAAGGAGUAGAUGAGGAUGCAGAUGAAGUAGAAGAGAAUUAUCAGCCAGGACAUCCCAAUGGAAAUGAAGAGCCCAUUGCCACUUCUGGAGUGAGCAGGGUGGGCUCUGAAUUAACCCUGGAAUCUCAACAGCAGCACAGACUUAACCUUCAGCUGAACAAGCUUAGACAAGAAACCAACAGGCUUCUGGAACAUUUAGUUCAAAAAGAGAGGGAAUACCAGAAUUUCCUAAGGCAGGCUCUUGAACAGAAAACUCAAGAAUUGUAUCUUCUCCAGUUGCGGUCCAAAUCUGUUGACAAUCUGGUUACUCCAGCACGACCUGUUGAAUCACAGGUACCAAGCACAGACAAAGAGCUCACAGACUGGUUGAAACUACAAGGAGCUGAUGCUAAUACAAUGGAAAAGAUUGUUGAAGAGGGUUACACUCUUCAUGAUGUUCUUAAUGACAUCACUAAAGAAGACCUAAGAUAUCUUGGACUUCGUGGUGGUCUUCUCUGCAGAAUCUGGAACACAGUCUCAAAGCACAGACAACAAGCUUGUGAACCUUCACAAAUCAAACAUCAGGCUUAAUCAGUUUCAAAAAACAAAACACUGGGAAUGAGCCUGACCAAGUCCUUUUCCAGGGUACAGAGAACUUGCCUGCCUUUUUUUCUCCUUAAAAGUUGACACCCAGGAAAGAAGAAAGGCAAACUUGCUUAAUAUGAUCUUACCUUUAAUUCUUCAAUACUGGCAAGGUUGUUGUUCACCAUCCUAUCCUUGAGAAGCAUGAUAGGGUCACUCUUACUCCUCACUUCCUGAAUUUCUUCCCGAGUACGAUAACUGUGUUAAUAAAACAAACAUUAUCUUUAUAAGGUAAAAGUAUGUCCUCUUCCAGAGUUGGAGAAAUUGCAUUGUAAAAUACAAUUCAUGUGAAAAAAUGAACAUUUAUCUUAUAUUAAGGCAAUAAUACUUCUCUGAAAUACUGCUGUCUUCUAUAAGAACACUGGGAAUUAUAAUUCAAAUGACACUGUGAUGUGUAAGAAAAAUCAACAUGUCAAAGGAGCGAGAAUCUAAACAUGUGAUAAACACUGUUCUUACUAUAAUCAAGGAAAGAAUGAAAAUUAUGAAUACUACUGCCACCACAUGCAUUCUGAGAAUUAUCUUUGUUUUUCCCAAUCAUCUCUAUGUUGUUAUUAUUGCUGUGGACUAUUAUUUGGAAUUUAUGGGCAUAGGAAGAGCUGUAAGGAAGUGACAUUUUUACAUAGCAACAUUAUACAAAAUCCUAGAAAUAUAAAGAUGAGUUUCUUAAAACUAUCUUCCUCUUCCUGUUUAACUCUGGCUCUAACUCACUUUCCAUUUGCAUAGUCAGAGAUCUAUCUUUCUAUUUAUCUACCUACCAACCGAUGGACUAAGCCUAGUUAGUUGUUUAUUUAACUGUUCAAUGUCUUUAUAAUUGACUUUAUCUACAUUUUUCUCCUGAUAAGACACUUUUGAAAGAUCAUAGAUCUAAUUUAGGAGGCUCUGAAAUAUUCCAGAGUGUGUACACUCAGUGAAAUGUUAUUUUCAAAUGGGAACAUUUGGAAGAUGGGCCUUAUCAAAACUGUGCAUAAAGUCGCAUCAAAGAUAUCAUCAGAAGCAAAUGACAAGAGAAAAAGAUGAGCCGCUGAUAUAGUAAGAAGUAACUAAUGAAAAGCCCAUGUGCUCCAGUGGCAUCUGGGCAAUGAUCAAAGAUUCAGAAGGAUUUUGUAGAGAAUUUGCAGAAGGAUGUAGAAGAAUUAUUCAGGAAGGCCAGUUAGGGCCUCUUAGCCCUGAGAAAGAGUCUCUAAGUCUCUGCCAACUGCCAGAGACCAAAAAUGGUUAUAACUGUCAACAUUUGAAAUUGACAUGCUCUCUCAGCUCUGCUUCAAACUCUAAUUCUUUCUCAAGCCAGCCCCUCUACUUCUUAUCUCUAAACUAAUAAAACAAUAUUUAUUUUCUAAUAUCAUCCUUACACUUGGAAGACUUAUCAUUUCCCUUGUUUGAUAUCUUCAUUAUACAUUCAGUUAUCCUGAGAGAUAACUGUGGCAGAGCAGUUCAAUACAUAUUAAACAGGAAGUAAAAGUUAGGAAGAUCUGGAUUUAAGUUCUAUCUUUGUGUAAGCCUGGGCACGUUGCAUAUGGGGAGGUGGCAGAGGAAAUUUGGGGUAACAAUUAAAUCAGAAGUUCAAUAUUUAAAAAAAUACACAUAAAGUUCCCCUAACAAUAAUUUUCUUUCUCAGACCUUGCUUAAGUUAAGGACUCCAUGAGAGAAUUUAAUAAAACUCUAUCCCUGUGUGUAAAUCAUUUUGUACAUUUUUCUUCUAUAGUACUGAUUUCUCAAUGCAAUUAAAUGAGUACAAUAGCCUAUUUUA